GGAAAGGCAGGCUGUGGCGCUUGCCACAAAGGACCCAGCGAGGACACAUGCAGGAUCAAACCUCCACCGUCUCCAGUGUAGCUCAGGAGCCCGCGACUGAUCUGCGAUGACAGUGACAUACACUAACCGCGUGGCCGAUGCCCGCCUAGGCACCUUCUCGCAGCUCCUGCUCCAAUGGAAAGGCAGCAUCUACAAACUCCUUUACUCUGAGUUCCUUAUUUUCAUCUCCCUCUACUUCGCCAUCAGCCUUGUCUAUAGGCUGAUCCUCAGCGAAAGCCAAAGGCUGAUGUUUGAGAAGCUGGCACUCUACUGCAACAGCUAUGCUGAGCUAAUCCCUGUGUCCUUUGUGCUGGGUUUCUACGUGGCCCUGGUGGUGUCCCGCUGGUGGGCGCAGUACGAGAGCAUCCCGUGGCCUGACCGCAUCAUGAACUUGGUCUCCUGCAACGUGGAUGGGGAGGAUGAAUACGGGCGGCUGCUGCGUCGCACCCUGAUGCGCUACAGCAACCUGUGCAGCGUGCUCAUCUUGCGCUCCGUCAGCACGGCUGUGUACAAGCGCUUCCCCAGCAUGGAGCACGUCGUGAGGGCAGGCCUCAUGACACCUGAAGAGCACAAGAAGUUUGAGAGCUUGAAUUCUCCCCACAAUAAGUUUUGGAUCCCAUGCGUGUGGUUCUCCAAUCUGGCUGUGAAAGCAAGGAAUGAGGGGAGGAUCCGGGACAGCGUGCUGCUCCAAGGCAUCCUGAAUGAGCUCAACACUUUGCGCAGCCAAUGCGGGCGGCUCUAUGGGUAUGACUGGAUCAGCAUUCCCCUGGUCUACACCCAGGUGGUGACCGUGGCUGUUUACAGCUUCUUCCUGGCCUGUCUGAUCGGGCGGCAGUUCCUGGAUCCUGAAAAAGCAUACCCUGGCCAUGAACUAGAUCUCUUUGUGCCUGUCUUUACGUUUUUGCAGUUCUUCUUCUACGCUGGCUGGUUAAAGGUGGCCGAGCAACUAAUUAACCCUUUUGGGGAGGAUGACGAUGACUUUGAAACCAACUGGCUCAUCGACAGGAAUCUGCAGGUCUCCCUUAUGGCAGUGGAUGAGAUGCAUCAGGAUUUGCCCAUCCUGGAGAAGGACCUAUACUGGAACGAGCCCGAUCCCCAACCACCUUACACUGCAGCCACCGCUGAGUACAAGCGCCCAUCAUUUCUUGGAUCAACCUUUGAUAUCAGCAUGCAGAAAGAAGAGAUGGAGUUCCAGCCCCUGGAGCAAAUUAAAGAGAAUGAGGAAGCAAACCAUUCCACACCACUACUGGGACACCUGGGCCGCCUUCUGGGUGUCCAGUCACCAAGUUUCUCCAGGUCCUCUUCUCGGAUGAACCUACUGCGCAGGCGAGGGGAGCCCACGUCCCCCUUCUCCCAUUACAUGUACCAAGACAUGGGCAAGCCAGGAAACAUCAGUCAGCCAAGGGGAGACACCAACUCACAGGAGCAGUGGGACGGUGAGGAUGGAAAACUGAGGGAGUUUGAUGCCUUCAUAUCUACCCCAUUUUAUGAGAGACCUGGUUUCUACAGUGCUCCACAGACACCCAUCAGCUCCAUCCCCAUGAUCUUCCCUUCUAGACGGCAAGGGCGCAAGAAGCCCCCUGCACUCUCCAGCAUAGCUGCAUGCUCAAAUUCUCUCAAGGACGUCGUUGUCAACUCCUCACCUUCCAGGAUGAGUGAUACGUACAAAAGCCAGAGCUCCCUCGGCUCAGGUGCAAAGGAAACAUUUAUUUGGCCAACAGAACGGAAUAAAGGUCCUGACUCGCUGGUCGUAAUGGUGGAAGAAGAAAAGAGCAACUCUAGCAGUAAAAGCAGAGAAGCUGCCAUCACUGGAAGUCCAGCAGCUCUGUCCACAGCAUCAGACAGCCCUAAAUUCCCUUUCCUAGCAGAAUCCCCAGACCACGAGCAGCAGGGCAGCUUCAAAAGUCUGAAGAGUUUAAAAGGCUCCCACCCACCCUGGCUAGCUCUGGAGAACGCAACAACAACCACCCCCAAUUCUGAGCAAUCGAGUGCCCUCCCCCAACCUAGCAACAUACCGCCCAGCAGCAGCACCUCCCUCUGCUUCUCAUUCACUCCUGUCUCAUCCCCAGUGCUGGAGAGAUCCCCCAUAGGGAACAGAGGCCCCGAUACUCACAGUCUAAGUUCAGAAGACACAGCUAGUGCACCAGACCAGCAUCCAUCGGAGGCUUCCAGGAGCACGAGAGAUGCAGCAAACAGAAGCAAUAACGCUCCUACGAGAGAGACAAGAAGAGCAGAAAGCCCAUCCACUAAUGACUCUGGCAUCUCUCUCGCUGAGGGUGACUACGUGGGGCUGAUGGAGGUGAUCAUGGAGACAAGUGAAAGCAUAUGUGAAGAGCAGAUGGAUCAGGGCAGCUAGAGGAGACUGACACACACGUGUAUGCCAGGUAGAAAUGAUACUGCAGUGUCUUCACACCUGGUCCACACUAGCACUCAUCCUCCUAAAAGAAGGGCAGUGCUGCCAGACUUCUUGCUUCUGGAAUAUUACUCACCUACAGCCCAGCACCAGUGACUCACCACUACUGGACUCAGGCCUAAUAGCAGGCACUUGACCUCAGUGCCUGCAACAAGAAAAAAAAAAAAAAGACAAAAAAUCUCUACACACUGUAGUAAAAUAAGACUUCUAGCAUUAGGAAUUACAAAUGCCUAUGUAGAACCAUAGCUGAACAGAUACUGUUCUGAAGACUCUGGAAUGCAAGUAUAGCUCAAAGCAGAAGAGGUACGUAGUUAAGGACAUUACAGCAACCGAAGCUCCAAGUUUACAUGACUAUUUGCCAUAAGGCCCAGGACUUGUUAAGUUGCUCCAGGGAAAGAAAGGGACUGAGGCACAGCAUUUGAGAUACAGAGCCACAGUGCUUCAUGAAGUCCUAUCCAGCUGGUGUUCUCCAGCACCAGUAAAACGAUAGGUUAAGGCUACUCAAAAAAGUGGCUGCCAACAACCGUACUUACACUGCUUCAAGUUUUCUAUCAUGCUUUGCUGAUUUGAAAGCACUCCAAGCUAUCCAGAUGGUAGCAAACAACAUAAAGCUAGGAUUUUUAACAAGUUUUCUCUAUAAAAAACAAACAAACCAACCAACCCUAAAAGCAAGGCAGAAGUCCAGGACCACUUCCUCAUUUUAAUUUCUACACAAUAAAAGUUUAAAG